AGGGUUUACAAGGUUUAUUGAUUUAAAUUUAUUUAUUUCUAAUAGUGAUCAUGUUUUACAUAUUGUAGGACUGGUUUGAGUGCGAUAAUGACAAGCUUUUUGAUGAAGUAUUGAUUCGAGAUGCUCGAGAGUCCUACAACGAUUGGAAAAGUGAUUUAUCUGUGUAUUUCAAGAACAAAGGAGGAAUGCAAGCUAAGAGACCUAUAAAUGUACGAAGUGAUGAGCAAUGGCAGAAGUGUUGUGAGAGAUUCAAUUCUACGAAGUUCAAGGAAAUUUCUUCAAAAAACCUACAAAAUAGAGAAGCAAGUGAUGAUAAAAGUGGGCAUGAGAGAAAAUCAUAUGCCCAAUACAUGCACGAAAAAGAUGAUCCAAAAACUGGUGAGCAGUACUCAGCUCUUGAAAAUUGGAAAGAUCAACGUUUGACUCGUAGUGGCGAAUGGAGAACAAAAGAAGCACAUGAAAAAUAUACUCAAAUGAGCGAAGAGUACCAAACACAGCUAGGACAAACAGGGUCAUCGUCUUCAAUAAAUGAGAUUCAUAUUAUGCACCGGAACUUGAGAAGAUAUCGCGGACGCCAAAGCGGAGUGGGUCCUACCCUAUCAAAGGGUGCA